CCCUGAGCUCUCUGCUCUGAAGCGUCGAUGUCUGUCUUUCACAGCUGCGUCCGACAAGCUUCCUUUCCCGUUUGAUAACCAAAAUGAUCAGCCCGUUGAUAUGAUUCACUGAGCAGCAUGGCACCUUUCAAAUCUGCACGGUUCAGCCAGGUCGAAUAAAAAAUGUCGAUGGGUGGAUCGUCUAGACAGCGAUUUCUUCAUGUGUUAAAUGAUUUUGUUUUUGCAUUUGAAUACCGUUAAAAACAUGCGAACGGUAUAGUUCAAAUUGGACACAGUACGCGCUCAAGGUAACCGCACAACCGAGACCGGAUUGCAGCCGUCAAGCACUCCUCGCCCGAGGACCCGGGGAGAUGUACACGGCGUAACAAGGGAGGGGUCUUGUCGGUCGGUACCGAGCGGUGUGGAUCUGCGCCGUCCUGGAUGGAAUCGAGCUGCCUCCAGUCUGCAAUGGCGAUGGGGCUGUCGUCGAAAAAAGCAUCUUGUCGGAGCGUCGCGGUGGAAAGGAAGAACUUGAUUACGGUUUGCCGGUUUUCAGUGAAGACGCUGUUAGAGAAGUACACAGCAGAGCCUAUUGAUGACUCAUCAGAGGAAUUCAUCAACUUUGCUGCGAUUCUAGAGCAGAUCCUUAGCCAUCGUUUCAAAGGCCCUGCCAGCUGGUUCAGCUAUGAUGGACAGAGAAGCUUCUGGGACUACAUUCGCGUUGCCUGCAGCAAAGUCCAGAACAACUGCGUCUCGAGCAUCGAGAACAUGGAGAACAUCAACUCAUCCCGAGCAAAGGGCCGUGCCUGGGUGAGAGUGGCACUGAUGGAGAAGCGUCUUUCAGAGUACAUCGCCACAGCCCUGAGGGACACGCGGACAACCAGGAGGUUUUAUGAUGACGGGGCGAUCAUGCUGAGGGAAGAAUCCACUGUGCUGACAGGAAUGCUGAUUGGGCUGAGCGCUAUAGACUUCAGUUUCUGCCUGAAAGGUGAGGUACUAGAUGGAAAGACCCCAGCAGUGAUCGAUUACACACCUUACCUGAAGUUUACACAAAGCUACGACUACAUGAGCGACGAUGACGACAGGAACAGCGUGGACAGCAGCACCAGUGACGACAGCAUUCCUGACCAUCCCUACAUCCCCCUGGUCACGGACGAGGAGAGCUGGAGCAGGAAGUGUCGCAAGAUGGAGCAGAAAUAUAAGAUCGUUUAUGCACAGAAGGGUUACCUGGAGGAGCUGGUGAGGCUGAGGGAGUCGCAGCUGAAGAACCUGGAGGCGGAGAACAAGCGCCUGACCCUGCGGCUGGAGGAGGCGCGGCUGCAGAGCCAGCAGGAGAAGAAGGAGCUGGAGGGCAUCGUGCUGGAGCUGCAGGAGCAGCUAACUGGUCUCAUUCCCUGCGAUUCCAACAACUUGUCAAAGGAGAUGACCAUCCCCCUCGUCAACCAGUGGCCAUCACUGAGAACCUUCAAUAACCAAGAAGAUGUCAAGCUCUUUCGAAGGAGAAGCUUCCACAGCGUGGAGCAGCUGUCUGCCGAGAUUAGCCUGGACUCCGAUUCGCAGAAGACUGAUGGGAAGCAGAAUGGGGAAACAUGGUGCACAACAGGCAAAGACUACACACCCUCCAUGCUGGGUCUCUGUGGCUCGCUGGCUUCCCUGCCCAGCUGCAAGUCUCUGGCCAGCCUGAAAUCCAGUGAGUGUUUGGUCACCAUCAGCACAGAAGCCAGCCCUGCCCUGUCGCCCAGCUAAAGAGGGAUCUGGAUCCCAUUAUUCCAGGCCUAGAGAGGAAUACUGCACCCAUUAAUGCCAGUCCUGCCUAAUUCCUGACUAUGCCAACUCGGAGGACAGCCGCCUCCAACGCACCCUGUUCAGCUCUGCUCUUCCACUCCCGUUGAGACGAUUGCUCUGGCUCCAUGAAGCAAAACGCCCUGGCUGCUGAGGAGGAGAACGCUGGCCUGUCUGGACUUAUGUCUGUCUGAUUGUGUGUCUGUGUGCAUCUGGUGCAGAUAAAAAAAAAAAUCCAACUAAAAGCGACUUCCCCUUUAAAUUUCAUUUUGAACUUUUAGCGUGUUUAGAUUGGAAUGUUGAUGAUCUGACACCUCCAGCCAAUGUCGUAAAGUUGAAUUCAGACUCAUUCUUGCCAUUACUGAUCUCUCUUUCUCGUUGUCUGCCCUUUGAUCUAUCAGUACCUUCUGUAUCUACAGUAUCUGUCAGGUAUCGUUUUCUAUCUAUAGUAUCUAUCCUUCUAUCUAUGGUAGGUGAAAAGCUGUUUAUCUGAAUUUUCAGCCGUCUGUCACCAUUAAGACUAAAAAGCAAUUUUGCCCAAAUUAUUUUCCAGCUGUCUGGGUUUCUUUGAGUGUCAGUGAAGAUCUGGUGAUCAAGUGUGUGGCACUACUGAUGUGUGUUACCAAAAACGAUUUUGUGGCUCAUAAUGGAAUUAAUUGUUUUUAAAUGCUGCUUCAUAAAAAAGAUUGACUGAU